AUGCAAUGCACUGAAACUUCGAAGAGAUGGUUUGCUGCAAUAUUGGAUGUGACUUUGAUACUGGCGAUGUUCCUUUGUCCGGCCCUCGGAAUUGCAAAGAUUGAAUUAUUUAAAGAAAGUAACGGCGAAAUUCAUUUUAAUAAUAUUAUUGAACACGGUUAUGUGAUCAUUUCAUUAAUAAUGCCAUGCGUCGUUAUCUUAAUAGCAACCGGGAAAUGUAAUUGGGGAAUUCAAACGCCUCCGGACAGGCUGAGAUCAUUAUUAAUCGCUUGGCCUAUAUUUUGGCUUGGGAUAUCAAUCGCAUACACGGUCCUCACGAUUAACGAGAUGGGUGAUAUUCCAUUCUCAUGUCCCUCCGAUUAUUCGUAUAGUUCUACAACAAUUCGCACCGCAUGCCAAGUUCGCGCGGCAAAUUUAAUUUCCAUGUGGAUACUCGAAGCAAUUUCCAUAAUUUUCGUUGUGGCGGUAUUUGCAAAUUGGCUACCAAAACCUCGCGAAAGGGUUCCACUGCAAAGAAGCAGGAACGCUGCAAGGCUCUUGAAGACUACAAAAAAUAGUAAUGAAGAACAAAUUAUGGAUAUUGACGCUUGA